AUGCUCAACAAGUUUCAUGGACAACCCGAUAGCUAUGAUAAGAAGUCUAAGUAUCGAUUUGGACGAACGUUGGGAGCCGGUACAUAUGGUAUUGUGCGCGAGGCUGAUGGGCCAACCGGAAAGGUUGCUGUGAAGAUUAUCCUUAAGAAGAAUGUCAAAGGCAAUGAGCAGAUGGUCUAUGAUGAACUCGAGAUGUUGCAGCGGAUGAAACACCCUCACAUCGUCAAGUUUGUGGAUUGGUUCGAGUCAAGGGAUAAAUACUACAUCGUGACACAACUGGCUACUGGAGGAGAACUCUUCGACCGUAUCUGCGAGCAAGGACGAUUUACAGAAAAGGAUGCCUCACAAACAAUUCGACAGGUGAUAGAGGCGGUUGACUACUUACACGACAAUAAUGUCGUUCACAGAGAUUUAAAACCAGAAAACUUGCUUUACCUUACCACCAACCCUAAAUCUGAUCUUGUAUUGGCUGAUUUUGGUAUCGCUAAAAUGCUCGACUCAAAAGAUGAAGUACUCACGACUAUGGCUGGAUCUUUCGGAUAUGCGGCUCCAGAAGUCAUGCUAAAGAGAGGCCAUGGAAAACCAGUUGAUAUGUGGUCGCUGGGAGUCAUUACGUACACUCUACUCUGCGGAUAUUCCCCUUUCAGAAGUGAGAAUCUUCAGGAUCUUAUCGACGAAUGCAGUAGUGGCAAGGUCGUUUUCCACGAGAGAUACUGGAAGGAUGUUAGCGCAGACGCAAAGGACUUUAUUGGACAUUUACUCCAGCCAGAUGCCGAAGACAGAUCUUCUAGCAAAGAAGCAUUGAAGCAUCCAUGGCUCAGCGGAGAGAAUGCAACAGACCACAAUUUGCUUCCAGAGAUCAAAGCGUACAUGGCAAAGGCUCGUCUUCGUCGUGGUAUCGAAAUCGUCAAACUCGCAAACCGUAUCGAAGCACUUAAGAUGCAAGAAGACGAGGAGGACGAUGUACCCGGACAAGCCGACCUACCAUCAAAUCCAAAAGCCGCUGCUCAAAGCGCGUUAUCUGGAGCAGAUGCCGGACAUGGUAGUCCAUCUAGAGCCUCCUCCUCGUCAUCGACCGAUCCUCCGAAGAAGAGUUUAAGUAAAAUUGCAAAGGGUGCCAUCUUCCGAGAAGUUGUGCUAGCCAAAGUUCGGGAGAUGAAGCAAGCCGAAGAUGCCGCGAAAAUGGAACAAGAAGCUCAAGAAAAGGCUGCUAAAGGGAAAUGA